AUGGCCAAGUCGAAUCAGUUCUGGUGGCCGGAGCAAUUGAACCUGGAGCCGCUGCGUGCACACAGCACCAGCUCGAAUCCUUACGGCGACGAUUUUGAUUACGCCCAGGCUUUCAACCAGCUCGACCUGACUGCGCUGAAAGCAGAUGUAGAAAAAACCCUGACCGAUUCUCAGGAGUGGUGGCCGGCAGACUGGGGUCACUACGGUGGUCUCAUGAUCCGUAUGGCCUGGCACAGUGCUGGCACUUAUCGUAUCCAUGAUGGCCGUGGUGGCGCCGACGGUGGUCAGCAGCGCUUUGAUCCGCUCAACAGCUGGCCUGACAAUGUGAGCCUAGACAAGGCACGCCGUCUGCUGUGGCCGAUCAAGCAGAAGUAUGGGCGCAGUUUAUCCUGGGCGGAUCUCAUGAUUCUGGCAGGUAACGUAUCGCUCGAAUCCAUGGGGUUCAAAACGCUGGGUUUUGCGGGCGGUCGUAUCGACGACUGGGAGGCAGACCUGGUGUAUUGGGGACCGGAAACCAAAAUGCUCAGCAACGAUAAACGUUACGAAGGUGGGGCGCUGGAAAAGCCGCUGGCCGCCGUGCAGAUGGGCCUCAUUUAUGUGAAUCCGGAGGGUCCGAAUGGCAACAAUGAUCCUGUUUCUGCAGCUGCUGAUAUCCGCGAAUCUUUCGGCCGAAUGGCCAUGAAUGAUGAAGAAAUUGUUGCACUCAUUGCUGGCGGGCACACCCUGGGCAAGGCGCAUGGGGCAAGACCUGCGGAUUGUCUUGAAGCCGAACCCGGUGCGGCGCCGGUUGAAAAUCAGGGCCUCGGUUGGAAAAACAACUGCGGUAAAGGCAACGCUGAAGAUACGAUGACCAGCGGUCUGGAAGGCGCCUGGACGUCGACGCCGACUGCGUGGUCCAUUCUGUAUCUGGAUAAUCUUUUCCGCUUCGAGUGGCAACAGGUCAAGAGUCCAGCUGGUGCAACACAGUGGAUUCCCGUGGAUGAAGCCGCCGCUGGCAUGGUGCCUGAUGCCCAUAUCGAAGGUAAAAGAAACGCCCCUAUCAUGUUUACGACUGAUCUGGCGCUGAAGGAAGAUCCCGGGUUUCGAAAGAUCGCGGAACGCUUCUGGAAAAAUCCGAAAGCGUUCGACGAGGCCUUUGCGAAAGCCUGGUUCAAGCUCACCCAUCGUGAUCUGGGUCCACGCAGCCGUUAUGUCGGCAGCGAAGUUCCAGACGAUGUGUUUGUCUGGCAGGAUCCUGUGCCCGAAGCUGAUUACACCCUUAUUAAUGACCGCGAUGCUGCCAGGCUUAAGAAACUGAUUUUGAAAUCAGGCCUGACCGUGCCGGAGCUGGUGCGCACGGCCUGGGCUUCAGCCUCUACCUAUCGGGGUUCCGAUAUGCGCGGUGGCGCCAACGGCGCGCGUAUCCGUCUUGCGCCGCAAUCCGGCUGGGCCGCUAAUAAGCCUGAAGAGCUGUCGCAGGUGUUAAAAACGCUGACCGGUAUUCAGGCAGAUUUCAACAGCUCUGCUGCCGGGGACAAACAGGUUUCUCUCGCGGAUCUCAUUGUGCUCGGUGGUGCAGCAGCCAUUGAGCAGGCCGCCAAGGCGGGCGGUCACCAGGUUGGGGUGCCGUUUACACCAGGCCGCACGGAUGCGUUAGCGGAGAUGACCGAUCAACGGUCUUUCGCAGUGCUGGAGCCCCAUGCCGAUGCUUUCCGCAAUUACUAUGCCGCGGAGGCUUACGCAGCACCGGCUGAGAUGCUGGUUGAGAAGGCUGAUCUACUGACCCUGACCAUCCCCGAGAUGACCGUGCUCCUUGGUGGCAUGCGUGCACUGAACGCUAAUACCGGUGGGGUGCAUCACGGUGUAUUGACUGACACGCCGGGCACCCUGACAAAUGAUUUCUUUGUCAAUUUGCUCGACAUGGCCACUACCUGGUCAAAAGCAGGUACACAAGGCCUGUAUGAGGGCCGGGACCGUGCAACCAAUGAGGUUAAGUGGAAGGCGACGACGGUAGAUUUGAUAUUCGGCUCAAAUUCCGAGCUGCGUGCUGUGGCAGAGGCUUAUGCUGCGGAAGAAGAUCUGUUUAUCGAAGACUUCGUCUCCGCCUGGCACAAAGUCAUGAUGCUGGAUCGUUUUGAUGUGAAUUGA